AUAGAAGUAUGUUUUCAAAUUGUUAUCUUGGAGCUCCUUGUGGGCUGCAGAAGCUCCGGUGCAUGAAUGAAGCCUUAAGUGCUAAGGUGUUGGAGCAAGUGAGCAGUAAUCAGGAGCUGUUGACCCUGAACGAUUUUGAGCACGAAUCCAGUGAGUACCAGUUGAGGAAGUGUCUUCAGGAGAGAAUUGCAGAUCUAGAAUCCUGGCGAUGGGUCCUCCAGGACCUGUCCAACCGUCUCGAGGAGCUAAUACAAUCAUUACGAUAUGAGCACAAGGCAUUACGAGUUGUAGUCGAACGGGUAAAAGAGGAGAUUAACAGGCAUUCUGAGGAGGGAAGCCGACCGGGAGCGUUGUCGCCGCAGAGCGAUCCUGUGGAAGAUGCUAUAAAUAUGGAGUACAAAUUUAUUCAAGAACAAAAAGGGAAAUUUGAGAAGAUGAUAAAAGAGCUUGACGAGCAAAUUCCUCAAAUCGAGAAAGUAAAGAAGAGAAUAGAAGUUGCUGCCUCGAACAAAGAAGAAACCAUUCUCCUUGAGCAGAAACUGCCUGAUCUUGAUAUUUCAUCCAGAAGACCGUCUAAUGGAAUAAAAAGGAAAAGUUUAUCGCCUGUAAUAAGAUGGGAAAGACAAUGUUAUGCACUGAAGAGGAAAGGAUUAUGUGCCCUCAGUCACGCGAUGAGUAUACGACAACAGGUUCGAGGCUGCAGACAUCUACUAUCAGUCACUGCCCAGUCCUAUGCAGCUCGCGUCGAUUCCCUGCUAAAGAGACGACUGUAUCUAAACACGAGGAAACUGGAAGACCUUCAGUGGCAGAAGAGGGAGGCGCAAAAAGACUUCGAGUUUCUUUCAAACGAGUUAACCACAACCGAACAGAACGUCUUAGAGACCAUGGAAAAAGUGCGUCUGAUGGAAGCUAGGCUCGCAGACCGGAGGCUGAGACCACCCAAGGAACUGACAAAGGACUGUGUAGACAGGAAGUUAAAAGACGAGCUGCUGAGGCUGAAGAAAUAUUUGAAGUUUCUGAGGAAUAACAUUGACAGGAUCACAGCGUUACAAGGGGAUCUAACAGCAUCUAUAGCGCAAAUAAACUGUAUAGAAGAGGAAUUAUCACAAGUAGUGGUGCUUGACCAAAGUCGAAUCAAACUUCGAACGUAUGACGACGAAAUACCGACUUCUAGCAUUCCCAGCAGAACCGGGUCCAGUAGUGCGGUGGAUACUACAGACAAUUCUCGCUCUAAUGACGCUAGAAAUCAGGGCUUUAGAGAAAAUAUUCCAUUAAGCACGAUAAAGGAAGAAGAUGAAUUAGAAGAAGAGGAAGAUGAUUAUCCGUUAGAUUAUUGAAUGGUUUUAAGCUGGCUUGCACUUCGCAUAAUCAAUGAACCGAUUAAAAAUGGCUUCGCAGAUGUGUAUCCGAUAGAGCACAGUGCAUUUUUAGGUAAAAGUAUAUUUAAAACAAAGCGCGAUAAUAUUGACAGAGGGUUUGGUGCAACCAACCCUUAUUGAGAAACCUUUUAAAUAAAACGUUAGAUAAAAGUUAUCUGUACGCAUUUUCCUACAAGCAACUUAUUUUUUCGAUUUAUAAUUUAUGAAUGAUAUUUAACUGUGACUUUCCAUAUCUUGUAAUAACUUGGUUUGAUAUUAAGGUUAGUUAGAUAAUGAGAUUCUUUAUAAUUUAAUAAAAAAAGUAGUUAUGUUUUUACACAACAUAUUUUAUUUAACUUUUUAAAAACAUGCUUUGAAACAGAAUUGGCAUAUGCAUAGUGGAUGUAACAGAAUUGUGAUUAAUUACUUUUGAACACAAAACAGCAAAAUAAUAGCAUAGGAAUGUUGUAACAGUGAACUACAUUCUAUUACAAAAUAUAUGCAUGCAUUUUUACAUUUAUUACUACAUAUUUAUACAAUUAUAUUAAUUUUACAUUCA